AUGGCAUCAGGCUUCUUCAGAUUGUCAGCUUUAAGUUACAACCUCUUCAAUGAAAUCGCUGAUUUUUUGGAACCUCAAGAAAUAGUCACAGUUUUGAGCAUAAAUAAAUACUUUAAUAAAUUUUGGAACUUCAGGGUCGCUGAAAAAAUUUUCCCUCAUAUAAACUUUAGCACUGGUCUGAAACCUCGAGACAGAUGAAGACUGGGAAAAAUUAAAUAUUUUGCUCCUAAGUUUGCCUCACUCCUUCCGCUUAUAUUGGGAAAAAAUAUUGACAAAAUUUCCAUUUUUUAGAAAAUUAACCAGCAAAAAUAAUAAAGCAAGUUUUAUAGGUAAAAUAAUAGUAUAUAUAAAGAAAUAGCUUUGAUAAUAUUUAAUUUAUUAAAAAAUUGCCUAUAACUAGUUCCAUUUUAGAAGGGAAAUAUAGUUGAAUUCUAUUUAAAUAAAAUUAACUUUUUUUAAUUAUAAAUAAUUUUAUAUCCCCUUCAUUGGAACAGAUUUUUAAAAAGGGGGGAGUCAUCAACAAAAUCAAUCGCUUCAAGCAAACGAAUUUAUCCUCUUUCAAUCACAUUUGACCCAUUAAAAAUUAUCGCUUUAAGAGAUAUGUCCUUAUCAUUAUGAUUCCCUGAAACUAACGAAAUAAAAAUUAUACCAAUUUUACAUGAAAAUUUUUCUAUUCACUUAAUUGCAUAUGAAAAUGAUCAAUUAGCGAUUAUUUACACAAACAAUAAGCUAGUUUUUUAUACAGAAAGUGGGGAAAUUAAACGAGAGCUUGAUAUUUGCUAUUUAUAUAUAUACUAAUUGACCAAGAAUAGCCCACUAAGGAGCCAUUCUUGGUCUGCCAGAAAAAAUUUUGACAAAAGAUCCUAAUCUGCCAUUACCACUGAGUUUUGGUGUUUCCAAAUUUUUUGGGCAAGCCAAAUGCAAUAAAAAAAAUUGUUCUUUUGCGAUGAUGCAUUUGGCUUGUCAAAAAAAUUUGGCAAUAUCAAAAUUCAGUGGUAAUGACAAACGAUCCUAAUCUGCAAUUACCACUGAGUUUUGGUGUUGCCAAAAUUUUUUUGACAAGCCAAAUGCAUCAUCGCAAAAGAACAAUUUUUUUUUAUUGCAUUUGGCUUGCCCAAAAAAUUUGGAAACACCAAAACUCAGUGGUAAUGGCAGAUUAGGAUCUUUUGUCAAAAUUUUUUCUGGCAGACCAAGAAUGGCUCCUUAGUGGGCUAUUCUUGGUCAAUUAGUAUAUCUAAAAUAUUUUAUUUGGAAAAAGGAAAUUAUUUGGCUCUUGUCUCAACCUCUAGUGAAAUAAUAUUUAUGAAUAAUUUAGGAGAAACUGUGUCAAAAAGGACAAUUGGGUUUCUUGCUAAAUAUAAAAUAGUAAAUUCUGACAUAUUCAUAGGUCUUGUCAGAAGCCAAUUAUUAGCUAUAUCUCCCCAUAAAGUAAAAUUGCUUUUAGAGUGAAAUGAUUAUAGGCGGAUUCCAGAUUUUUGGGUAGAUAAGAAAAACAGCAAAAUAAUUGCUCAUAGUACAACUGAUUUUCAGUUUGGAUAUAAGAAUCCACAAGUAGAAGUUAAAUCUUUUGGAGGGUUGAUUUUCUUACUCCCCCCUCCGUGGACGGAGGGGGGUUAAUGUUUUUUUGUAAAAAAUUAUAUAUGAAUUUUAUACUAAUUUUUGUUUCGAAUUUAAAAAAAUCUCAAUCUGCAAAAUUAGAAAGCAAAUAUUUAUUUAAUUGUAAAAUUGUGUUUUAAAAUGCAACCUGCUUAAAAUUAAACAGAAUUAGCUAGAAAUUUUAUUAUAACAAUUAUCACUUAUAUAUAAAUUUUUUUUUCAUAAAAAAUUUUUGUAAGGCGGGCUUUUGGGGAAAAAUUGGGAUUUUUCUAAUUGUUUUGUUUGCUCACGGAGGGGUUAGUAAAUGAGCACUAUCUUAUGUGAUUACAAGCGCAGCAUGGCAUUGAGAGUACUGUUAUAAUUGACCAAGAAACCGAGGAUAUGUAUGAAAUUGAUAUGAAAGGAAAAAUUUUUCAAAUAGUGGGAGAUAGAAAUUUAUGAUCAAAAUAUGGCGACUCUCUCAAACAAAAGCUCUUUUUUGCACAUUUCAAUUAAGGUGACUUUCCCUAACAAAUUUUACCUGGUGUGACAGGGAAUUUAGCCCUCAAUGUACAGCUUUGGAUGCCAAAAUUUAGAUCGUUAAGGCUGGGAUUUUAGAGUGCCUAAUAGAUCCAAGUUGGUUAGUCCGAGAGUGGAAAGGAAAAAGUUAAUGAUUCAAAACUCAAGGAGACAGUGCAGUGGAGAUUAAGCUCUGGCGAGAAGCAUCAUGUGGUUAGAAAUCCCGUGGAGAUAGCCCUCACUGGUGGCAUAGGAUAAAGACUAGCUUUAGCUUAGUAGAUAAAAAUUUAAUUGUAGCCCAUUUUAUAGAUAUGAAAAGAAACACUAUUUUAUAUUUUUUUAUAUGAAAGGAGAGGGAGCCACUUUAUGCCUUAAAAAUACAUGAAAGUUUUGAAAUAUUAGAUUUCCAAUUUCCUUAUCUAAUUUAUAAUGCGCUGACAUUAUUGUGGGAGAGUCUUCACACGUCGGGACAUUUCCCGCGUGUGGAACUCAAAUCCUAUAUAUGGAGCCACUCAAAAUGUGGAAAUUCUGCAUGUGGGAUUUGGUUUCCACUCGUGGGAAAAAUGUCCCGACUUGUAGAAGCCUCCAAUAAUCAUGCAAAUGCAUAACAUAUGGUGACUUGCGAUGAUGGAAUAGGAAAAUUAAAAGUAAUGAAGGUGUAA